GGCCCGUAUUUUAUGUGCCCCCAAGAAACAGUUUCCCGGCGAGAAAAUGGAAGCGCAAACAGGAGCAGAAUCAACGGCGGCGCGUUAUACCCUUCUGAUACGACACUUACCUGAAGCGAUUCCACAUGACACUUUAUCCCGUCUCUUCUCUCACUACGGCGCCGCUUCUGUCCGUCCAUGCGCUGCCGCCGGAAGACUUAGAAACUGUGCAUUUGUUGAUUUCAAUAGUGAAUCUCUAGCUUAUCAAGCACAGUGUCAAUUAAAUGGGUUGAGGUUUCUUGGUAAGGUGUUAAAAGUUGAGAAAGCUGAUAAUAAUAAGCCAAGUGAGGAUAGCAAGAAUGUACAUAAACAAUGUGAAGCUCAACUGCCAGCUUCUUUAGUGAAAAAGGAUGCUUCUGCCGCGGCGAGAGAUAGUGGUGGCGGUGCUAAGUCCGCACCUGCAAGUGAACCCAUUGCGCCAAAGCUUGGUGUUGACUACCCGUUUCCUCCUCACUUGGAAUAUGCCUAUCCUCCUCCGGAUGGAAACAUUUUGACCAACAUUGUAAAUGCUCUUAUUGCUGUUCCUCGGUUUUAUACACAGGUGUUGCAUUUGAUGAACAAAAUGAAUAUUCCAGCUCCAUUUCGGAUGGCGCUGCCAACUCCACCACUGCCACCUUCAGCACCUGCACCCCCACCCCCGCCUCUCCCUACUGUAUCAGCAAAGCCUCCAUUGGAAGAUCUAUCCAGUAGUGAGUCAGAAAUGGAGUCUUCUGAUGAGGAUAUUGAUGCCAAAACCUCUCCUCAUUCAAGAGCAAUUAGAUCUAGAAGAAAACGUGUAAAACGAGAAGUAAUAGUAGGCCCUGGAGUGGAUAAAAAUGUGGUUCAUGAGGCUGUUGGAGUGAAACCUUCCUCCCUGGUUCCAAAAGAAAUCCCUGUUAUAAAAAAGAAAAACUCGGUGUUGCAGAUCAAAAUUGCUCCAAAAGUUAAUCAGAUUGAACAAACAGAUGAUAGCAUCAUGAAAGAGUCUGAGGAACAAGAUGAAGGAGGUUCAAAUCAUCAACCUUAUGCAACUCCAGAAGAUCUACAGAGUAACAAGUUUGCUCCGGAAGAAAUUCUAUCGUUACCUAAGUUUAAGAACUAUAUAGUUGGGACUCCAGCAUCUGUGCUGUACGUAAAGAACUUGAGCAAGGAUGUGGUUGCCGAUGACUUUUUCUACAUAUUUGGGUCGUUGUUUGGAAGCAUUGAUGCUGCUAAAGGUGGCCUUAAUGUGAAGUUAAUGCAGGAGGGUAGGAUGAGGGGUCAAGCUUUUGUGACAUUUCCGUCAGUGGAACUUGCGCAUCAAGCACUGAAUCUAGUGAAUGGAUAUAUAUUCAAAGACAAGCCAAUGAUCAUACAGUUUGGCAGGAAUCCUUCAGCUAGCAAUGCAAAUUAGAUAAGAUUCGACAUACUCCAAGGGAGCUGCUUAUACAGAUGGUAUAGUAUUGUCCAAAGCUGAUACGGAUGGCUCAUUUCAGAUUACUAAUUAGUUCUUAAAGACCUGAUUUCUCCAGAUGGAGACAAACAAAUUCAGCAACCCUGUAUAGUUGAUGCAAUUGUGUUGGCUAUAUGGGAGCCCGGAUCAUUGAAUUAAGCUCAUGAUGACCACACAAAGGAAGAACAUGAAGCUGCCGCAAAGCCGAUGCACCAAGUAGCAUUCCCUCAAGUCAGUUGAUGAACUAUUGCUACCGGAGCAUAAGCAAUUCAGUGUGUGUUGGCCUCGUGUCAGUACCAAAUGCUAUAAAAAUUAGGUGCAAAUUCUUAUAUACCAAGGAAAACAAUUUUUAUGUGGUGCAAUUUUGCUAAAACCCUUUUGCUUAUUAAGAGAGAUGGAAACACUUCAUUACAAAUCUUAAUACUAUCAUUUUUUCAUUUUUUUGUA